AUGGAGGUGGUCCUCGACCGCCUCCAGACAAGGAAGAGGGCACCGGGUCCAGACGGGGUGCACGGGAAAGUGCUUGCGCUGAUUCUCGUGCACCUCGGGGAGGAGUUUCGGGGGCUGCUCAACCGCUGUCUGCGAGAGGGGCAGUUCCCGAAAUUAUGGAAGGAGGGCCGGCUCUGCCUUAUUCCGAAGGGGAGCCGGCCCUUGGACUCGGCUUCGGCGGUGCGACCUCUGGUCCUGCUGAGCGAGGCUGGGAAGGCCCUAGAGAGCGUUGUGGCCUCUCGCCUCGUUCGGCAUGUGGAGGAAGGCCCGGGACCGCGUCUCUCUGACGUGCAGUACGGAUUCCGGGCCAAGAGGUCCACCAUCGACGCCCUCAGGCGUCUGCGGUCGGUGACGGAGGAGGCGGAUCGAGAAGGCGAUGUGACCCUGGCGACGUCUUUAGACGUCGCCAACGCCUUCAACAGCAUCCCGCACAGUGUAAUACGGGAGGCACUCCGGUACUUUGGGGUGCCCUCGUACCUGCGGCGGCUGUUGGGGGUGUACCUGGAGGAUCGUGUUGUCCUGUACGAGGACGGGGGGGGUCGUAUGGUUCGGCGGAGCGUCGGAUGCGGUGUGCCACAGGGGUCGAUUCUCGGCCCUAUCCUGUGGGACAUCGCAUACGAUUGGGCGCAGAAGGUGAUCGCGGUAAGGGCGAUACGGGGGUACCGUACCGUGGCGUACGCUGCGGCCACAGCCCUCGCGGGCGACCCGCCGUGGGAGUUGGUGGCGGAGGUGCUCGCCGAGGUUUACCACUUUGUGGCGAACAGGAGGGAAAUCGGCGAGCACCCCUCGCCUGAGAUAGUCCGGCGGGUCCGCUUGCGAGGGCAAGCGGAACUCAUGCGGAGGUGGGAGGCAGACCUGGCGCGGGCAACGUACGGUGUACGCACAGUGGAGGCCCUGCGCCAGGUCCUGGAGAGAUGGAUGUUGAGGCGGCGCAAGCCUCUCACCUUCCGCAUGACGCAGGUGCUCACCGGGCAUGGCUGCUUCGGUGAGUACUUGCACCGCGUGGCCCAGCGGGAGACCGAGCCGGUCUGCCACGAUUGUGGCGAGGCUCGGGACACUGCUCAACAUGUUCUAGAGCAGUGUCCCAGGUGGAGUCGGCAGCGCCACGAUCUGGUGGCAGUGCUCGGUGGAGUGGAUCUGUCGCUCCCGAGUGUCGUCAAUGCGAUGCUCGGGAGUGACGGAGCCUGGGCGGCAGUGGCCUCCUUCUGUGAGACUGUUAUGUCACAGAGGGAGGCCGAGGAAAGGAACCGCGAGGACCACCCCCUCGCGGAGCCGAGGGGGGAAAUAGCAGGGUCCAGUAAUGGGCCUCUGCUCAUUUUGGGGGCCGGCAACGGCCAUCAUCGCCAGUUGGCGGUGGAAGUCGGCGGGCUCGGAUUGCCAAGUUGGCAUCUGGGCUAG